AUGAAUGUCAACCCCAUCGCCAUCAAAGCAGCUGCCGCAAAGGCAAACCGGGUGGCCCUUGUGGCUGCCCAAAGUGUCCCGAAAUUCCGCUCGGCUGCCGAGCGCGACUCCUACGAGGAGCUCCGUGCAACGCGCGCCACCCUCGAGGCGGGUCUGGCCAUGAGUAUCCCCCUGUCCUGUCAAAUCCGGUCGUCACUGCGCCGUCUUCGGACGGAGCAGGGGAGUGUGCUGGCUCUUUUGGUGGAAGUGGUGGCUGCCGUGGGCAGGCUUCCUGCCGUCGCUGUCACCGCGAUGGUUCCAGACUGCACUGGGGGAAGGAAGAAGGGGGGUGGUGGGGGUGAUGAGGGUGAGGGGGAUGGGUUUGGGGCCCAGUAUGGGGUGUAG